GCAGAGUCUCAGGAUGUGAGCUGGGUGCUCGCCGCCGCCCGCCCUCUCGCCCGGCCGCCUGCUGCCAUCGCCAGCCCUCAUGGUGGGCAGCCCCCACAGCGGGGCCCUCUGAACCCCGCCGGCAUGCCAGGGAAGCCCAAGCACCUGGGCGUCCCAAACGGGCGCAUGGUUGUGGCUGUCUCUGAUGGAGAGCUGAGCAACACAAAGGGGCCGCAGGGCCAGGGUGAGAGCCGGGGCAGCUCCCUCAGCGUCCACAGCCUCCCCAGUGCCCCGGCCAGCCCCUUCCCCAGCGAUGAGCAGCCCGUGGCCAGCUGGGCCUUGUCCUUCGAGCGGCUUCUGCAAGACCCGCUGGGUCUGGCUUUUUUCACUGAGUUCCUGAAGAAGGAGUUCAGCGCCGAGAACGUGACUUUCUGGAAGGCCUGCGAGCGCUUCCAGCAGAUUCCGGCCAGCGACACGCAGCAGCUAGCUCGCGAGGCUCGCAGUAUCUACCAGGAGUUCCUGUCGAGCCAGGCGCUGAGCCCGGUGAACAUCGAUCGGCAGGCAUGGCUGGGCGAGGAGGUGCUGGCUGAGCCCCGACCGGACAUGUUCCGGGCACAGCAGCUCCAGAUCUUCAACCUGAUGAAGUUUGACAGCUACGCGCGCUUUGUCAAGUCUCCGCUAUACCACGAGUGCCUCCGAGCAGAGGCCGAAGGCCGCCCCCUGCGGGAACCUGGGUCCUUGCGCCUGGCCAGCCCUGAAGCCACAAGGAAGAAGCCAAAACUGAAGCCCGGAAAGUCGCUGCCGCUGGGCGUGGAGGAGUUGGGGCAGCUGCCGGCCACUGAGGGUCCUGGGAGCCGUUCCCUGCGCAAGUCCUUCCGCAGGGAAUUGGCAGGGGGUGCGGCCAGCCAGCGCCGAGAAUCCCAGGGAUCCCUCAACUCCUCUGCUAGUCUGGACCUGGGCUUCCUUGCCUUCGUCAGCAGCAAAUCUGAGAGCCACCGGAAGAGCCUGGGGAGUUCAGAAGGGGACGGCGAAGGCCGGUCGCAGUCAGGAAAGUAUUGCUGCGUGUACCUACCGGAUGGCACUGCCUCCCUGGCCCUGGCCCGCCCGGGCCUCACCAUCCGCUCCAUGCUGGCGGGCAUCUGUGAGAAGCGAGGUCUCUCCCUACCUGAGAUCAAGGUCUACCUGGUGGGCAACGAACAGAAGGCCUUAGUCCUGGAUCAGGACUGCACGGUGCUGGCCGACCAGGAAGUGCGACUAGAGAACCGGAUCACCUUCGAGCUGGAGUCGCCGGCGCUGGACCGUGUCGUACGCAUCUCGGCCAAGCCCACCAAGCUGCUGCAGGAGGCGCUGCAGCCGGUCCUGGCCAAGCACGGCCUGAGCCUGCAGCAAGUGGAGCUGCGCCGGCCAGGUGAGAAGGAAGCACUAGACCUGGGGAAGUUAGUCAGCUCCGUGGCGGCCCAGCGACUGCUUUUGGACACGCUCCCAGGUGUGAAAAUCCCCGAAGCCGGAGAUGCAUCUCAGGGCCACCGCCAGGUGAGCAAGGCAUGGGGCGUCCCCUGCUGUCCGCGGCCUCCUGACACCCCAAUCUCCCAGGGUGGCCCACCUCGAAGCCAAACCAAGGCCGCCCACGCUCCUCCACCCAACUCGCUGGCCGAGGUGCCAGGUGGCGUUGCGGGGAAGCGGCAGACCUGUGAUAUUGAAGGCCUGGUGGAGCUGCUGAACCGGGUACAGAGCAGCGGGGCUCACGACCAGAGGGGCCUGCUGCGGAAGGAGGACCUGGUCCUCCCCGAAUUUCUCCAGCUGCCCGGCUCCCCAGAGCCCCCACAGACUGAAGCAGCAACAGCAGCCUUAGACUCCGCCCACUCGGCCCUCUGAGGGCUCCUGGGCUGGCUGCCUGGCACCCGGUGGGCCCAGCAUGCCCCGGCCCGCCUUGCAUGCUCCGUCUGCACCUCUCUGGCCCCUGGCCUGCCCCAGCAGAGCUGGGCGCGGACAGAGAGGGGGGACCAGAGGAGCCGCACCCCACUCUGCCCUGCACUGCUGGCCAGGCCCUGGCGGGAGGGGGGGGGCCAGGCC